AUGACAGUCGGUGAUCAAAGGCUUUAUUCGGGGUUUAUUGAGAUCACCAUCCAGGAUGAUCCCCGGGCGCUCCUCCCCCUGCUCAAAUCCCAGCUGCCUUAUUCGAUUCCUCUCCUCCGCCGUCUGCAGCACAACCUGGCAUUCCCGUCAGAGACGGCCAGACUGCUGACGACAUUCCCAGGGGUCAAGCCUCCCUCCGGACCAUGGCUGGCUGCGUAUGUGGAUCUUCCACGUGGGCGAGAGACGCAGAUGACCGUCUAUUCGAGUCUCGAGCGGGAGUCUGUCGAUGACGACAAGGAUCCUGCUGUCAUCUCCACUCUCCACGCUCCCCCCGAAACUCUAGCGCUCGCUCGCGCCCAACUAUUGGCCUUAUUCUCGUAUAUCAAGACGACCUUGUUGCCGGGGUACCUGGCCUCUCUUACUGCCCCAAGCGUAGCUCCUCGUCCUCCCAACGCGCCGGGUCAGGUGCCGCCCCCCCCGCCGCAGGCCUUUCUCGUCGGCAACCUGCAUACUGGCCUCAUGGCCCUGCUCAAGAAGUCGGGGAUUUAUACGGACCCGGAGCCGGUACCAGGUAUCCACAUCCACCGUUACGAUAAUCCCCCAUAUGUCAAGUACCUAUUUCGGAAUGUGCACUCGCUCUCAGAGAGAUUAGAUGCAGGACUACCACCCGGGUAUCGGCUCUAUGACCAGCAAGGGCGGACGGGAGUCCUCCCGCACCAUUACUCGCUGGUGCGUAGCCGGACGCAUCUGCCUCGCUCGGACGAGACCCUGUCCAGAAUCCCCGGAGUGGCUGUGUAUGUUGAUCGACCUCUGGAGGGGGAGGAGACACCCAUCGCAUGGGUCUUUCUCGGCCUUGAUGGGAGUUUGGCGACGUUGUUCGUUGAGCCCGGGCAUCGCGGCAAGGGAAUCGCUGAAGCGCUUUCCCGCGAGGUAAUGCGGCAUGGGAUGGCGCAAGGAGGGAUCUGGCGGGAGGUUGGCGAAGAAGGCGAGGUAUGGGUUCAUGCGAAUGUGCUUGCAACGAACGGGGCCAGUAGGCGGGUUCUGGAGAAGCUGGGAGGGAAGGUCGGGUGGACGAAUACGUGGACGGUGGUCGAGUUGCAGAGCUGA